ACAGCCUUUUGCUGAGCUCCAGCUAUGGGAUUUCCACCUUGAUUCUGCCUUCUCCAUUGCCUUCUCCAGCUUGAGGAAACCCACAGUGACCUUCAAGGCAAGGAAGGCACGAGGGUGGUGUUGCAUGUCCCAGGAUUAUCUUGUCUAACCUACUCAACCUCACCAUUUCUAGCUGACAGUAGAUGAUAACCCAUGAAGUAUAUUUAGGAGCAAUUCUGUGGGCCAACUAGGAUAAUUAUGGGAGAAAAAUCCCAAAAGGAUGCAGGCACUUUGAGUGCUCCCUCCCACAGCAGCCCACAGAUGUCCUUUCCGUUGAGGCAGAAAAGAAAAGAAAAGGAAAAAAAAGAAAAGAAAAGAAAAGAAAAGAAAAGAAAAGAAAAGAAAAGAAAAGAAAAGAAAAGAAAAGAAAAGAAAAGAAAAGAAAAGAAAAGAAAAGAAAAGAAAAGAAAAGAAAAGAAAAGAGAAAAAUUUUCAGCUAUUUCCACGUCUUGGGAAUUAUGGUUUUAUUUGGUGUUUUGCUGUACACAUUCAAGCAUGGGCAGCUUGGGUGGAGAAGGUCUAGGCAGGAUGAUUUUAACACAGAAUGUCGUGUGCCUUGAACCACUUGCGUGGCAGCUUUUCCACAGCCAGAACUACUCGCUCCUUUGGAGCCAACGGCCCAAGAGCCUCACAACUUUCAAAACUCCAUUUUAUUUUUUACAGGUUUGGGUUCUGUAGAGGAAGAAAAAGAAAACCUCAGGCCACAGAGAACCCCUUUGGACAUGUCUGUUUGCAAAAAGGGGCGUUCAAAAAGGUGCUCAAAACUGUGCACAUCACCCUGAGGCUCUUCCUGUUGCUCCUUGCUACACAUUGGCUGUUAGCAUGGCACCUACAGCUCACACAUCUUUUACUAGUGGGAGCUUGCAGUGCUCCCAGGGGCAGCAGGGCAGUAAGACCUCAGCAUGCUGCAUGGCAGAAAAUAAUCUUGGAGGCAAAGAGGUGAACAGGCGCGUUGCCUGCUGCUGGGGGGCGGGGGGAGCGGGGAGCCUGCUGCAGCCUUCUCCAGGGAUAUCCUUACUUCUUCCUAACAAUAAGCCACCCCAGUCUGAGCACCAAACUCAGCUGUGCGCUUUAAUAUAGCACAUUAACACACCUUUCCCUUGCAAAGGGGCCAAUAGGUGGCUAAAAUAUCCAGCCUCUUUUUCCGGGAUUUUUCAAGCAACUCUCUGUAGUUGGACUUUCAGGUCCUUUGGGUCAAGGUACACCUCUGCGGGGAGCACUGCUCGGAGCUCCUCUUUCUAAUCUCGCCAUUCCCCCACUUCUUUCCACUGCGACAUUGCCGCUCACACAGCUCGGCGCCGGGCAGCAGGAAGACGACGGUCAGGAGGGAAGGGGCACCGGCUUGCCCGGCUGCUUGUCCCCUCUCACAGUCCUGAGAUAUGUCCUGGAAGGAAGAGUGUAUGAGUCCACCCUCAUGUUUCAUCCAGCGUCUGGACCACCUUGUGUUGACUGUGAAGAACAUUGAGGAUGCUGUGGCCUUUUAUUCCAAAGUCCUGGGCAUGGAGGUGAAGACUUUCAAGGAAAAUCGCAAAGCUUUACAUUUUGGUAACCAGAAGUUUAACCUGCAUGAGGCUGGGAAGGAGUUUGAACCCAAGGCUCGGUGCCCAGUCCCUGGCUCUGCAGACAUCUGCCUUAUCACACAGGUGCCCCUGGACCAGCUGCUGGAUCAUCUCAAGGCCUGUGGGGUGAUUAUUGAAGAGGGUCCCGUGGCCAGAACUGGUGCUAUGGGUCCAAUAACAUCCAUCUACUUCCGAGAUCCUGAUGAGAACCUGAUCGAGGUUUCCAGAUACUGCACAGAAGCAGCUGCAGUCAACGGAGGGGAACCCUAACCACAACCCAUACUCUGCUCGUGUCCCAGCAGGAGACAGGAUGCAGAGGCCAGGCUUUUGAUGGCCACUUUACAGGUUCAAGAUUUUAUUUUGCAAACCUGGGACAAGUCUCAGAUCUCAGCCGUAAAAAUAGGGCUGCAUGAACCUCGAGAGUUUUCCCAAGGCAACCUGCUCAGCUCUCACCCCUGAUUGUGAAUCCUACUUUUAUAAAUCACCAUCAAUGGAGACUUCAUGACAGAUUCUUGCAAGAUCUGUCCUGCUGCUGCUGCACUACACUUGUUGAGACAUUUUUCCUGAAGCCUGACACCCCUUUUGCUGCAGUUGAAGCCCCUCAUUUCUACACUGUCCACCAUGAACACAAAAGAAUUUGCCAUUGCUCUCCUCUUUAUAGUCACUUUUACACAGCUGAAGAUUUCCGUCUCUCUUCCUCUCCAUCUGCCUGCUUGCUUUGACUCAGGCUGGCUGGCAUUGGUGGCUCUCACACCAAACCAGUGGUGUAAUUCCAGCUGUGACUGUUGAAACCCAGUUCCUGCCUGGAAACCAGGAACGUGGCCUCAGUGCCUGACACAGUGCUCCUGAGGCCGAACCUCUGUGCCUCAUACUCAGCUCUGCAUAAAUAGUUACAAGGUUCCUGUCACCUGGGAUGGGAAAAAGCAGAGAUGAGAUGGCUGCAUGGAGGGAACAGUGUCUAAAUUUGGGGAGUUCACCCAGAUUUAUGAAGGGGUGGGAGGGAAAUAAGGUGCUGAGAAGAUGCUGGCAUCAGCCAGAAAACAUCAGUUCCCCCUUGCAGUCCAGCCUAGUUGCCCUGUUUCCGCAGUAAGGCAGCAACAGGGCUUUGCUCUGGCCCCUGCACCAGCUGUGUGUGUCUGGCCUGCAUAUCCCGCUGCCAAGGGAAGGAUGCAACCUUGCACGGCAGCUUGGGGGUAGGGUGGGGGAUUUGGUCCUCCUUUCCAUCCCCAUGCACAACACAUUCCUGUGGACUGUUUCUCUCAGUACUUCAUCUUGGGAAUAGCAGCCUCCUUGCAAAACUUGACCCCCUGUGGCAACAUGCCCAGAGCCUGGGAGAGCCUCUGGACCAGGGAGAGGAAGGCCAAUGCUCUUGUCUUCCUCUGUCCAGAAGAGGCACCCAUGGUUGCUCCAGGAUCUCUGGCAUCGAGCUGCCUGCAUGGCAUGGAGGGAGGCAGGGCUCACCGCGGUGAGGAGGAGGAAGGUGCUCCGGCAGGGCUGGGGCAAGGGGCUGCUGCAGCACAGUCCACUCUGACCGAUGGCACUCAGGUGCUUGUGGGACUGUCCUAAGGUUUUUUCUUUCUUUAAUUAUUUAAAAAGCAAUUCCUCAAUUAUUUAGAAAGCAUAAAGCAAUCAAGAAUGACUUGGGGUUUUUCAAGGAGAGCAGUUCCCUAGCUGGCCACACUGCGGUAGCAAUGUUAUCAUCACGGAAACGGUGUUGGAAGGCAGAGAGGACUCUUCUGACCUCUACAGUCAAAAUCCUCCCUAAAAUUGAAGUAAUUCCUGAACUGUCCUAUGGUUUUUUUUCUGGCGUUUCGGGAGAAUUUUGCACCAAAAUUCUCCAUGGUGCAAAAAAAUGCAAAGCCCUAAAAACCUGAGUGCUUCAGGUGCUCACAAGCUUGUGCCGGCGGUGGCCCAAGGGAUGAAAGCUGCUCGAGUUGAACCAGUUGUGGCAACUAAAGACGAGAGUCGCCGUGGGAGAAAGCAGCCACCGGCAUCUCAUGAGCUUUACCCAGUGCAUGGAGCCACGGUGGGGCCCUCCGGAGGGACCCCCGGGAGGGACCCCGGGAGCGGGGCCCGCGGCCCCGGCGGCGGCUGCUCUCCAGGGUGCUGAGGGCCGAGGCCGUGUCCUGCC